AACCAAUUCCAUCUGACAAACUAUCUUUAAUCAUUGGCACGCCCAACAAUCCAUUUGCAUCAUAUGUAUAUCAACAGCCAUCGUUAUCUAAUUAUUUCAUUGAUAAUGCAUCAGAACUUUUCCCAUUCUUGGAAAUUCUUAUUUGUUUUAUUAAAAGAACAUCAAUUGGAGAUGGGAACUUGUUAAUAAAAGACUUUGUAAAUCAAUGGAUGAAACUUUCUACAUUGGCAGAAAGUACAGGAUUUAAAUCAUUAUUAGGGGUUGAUUUACAGCUUAAACAUGUAAUAGCAUUAUAUGAAUUAGUCGAAGAACAAAUAGCAAACAUGGCAAUUAAAUACAUACAUGAGAAAUUCAGAGUUCCGCUUAGACUUUCUAUGGAAAAUGAAAUUAUGAAUGCAAUAGAUUUUGAUCAAAAAUCCACACAACAGCAAAGAUUACCUGCUGAGGCAUUUAAUAUAGCACUUAAAAGAUUCAUGCAAAGAUUCUUAUCA